CAGAAUCAGCACAAACUGUGGUGGCAAAGCUGCCAGACAUAUUUCAUCUGUCUCUCUUCAUCUCUCACUCGCCACAGGGCCAGUGUUUGAGUGGUGGCUCUAUUUGCUCCAAGCAAAUACAAACAAACACAUGAAUGUUUCAGUUUGUUUGUGUCCCAUCCCCACAGACUGAAGAUGGUGGUGAACUGGCUGGGCCUGCUGUCCAUAGGAGUGUUUUACAUCAUCGUACUGGGCACCGGCGUCUGGGCAUCCAGGAAGUCAAAACGUGAGGAGAAGAAAUGCACUGGAAACCUCAGCGAGAUCGCAAUGGUUGGAGGACGGAACCUGAACGUCUGGGUCAGCAUCUUUACAAUGACAGCCACCUGGGUGGGAGGAGGCUAUAUUCUGGGUAACGCUGAAGUGGUCUACAACCCGACGCUGGGCUUGGUGUGGGCCACGGGGCCCAUUGGUUACGGCGUAAGUCUGUUCAUAGGCGGACUCUUCUUCGUCAAACCUCUUCGGUCAAAGAACUACGUCACCCUCAUGGAUCCAUUUCAAGAGAAAUAUGGCAACAGGGUGGCUGCUGUUCUCUUCAUUCCUGCUCUCAUAGGAGACCUCGUGUGGAUAGCCUGUAUUCUUGGCGCUCUGGGAGGAACCUUGAGUGUGGUCAUGGGUAUCUCCUCUUCUCUGGCUGUGUGCAUCUCUGCUAGUGUUGCAGUCCUCUACACAUUAAUGGGAGGACUGUACUCUGUGGCCUACACUGAUGUCAUCCAGCUGAGCUUCAUGGUCUUCGGCUUGUGGUUCUGUGUGCCGUUCAUCCUGACAAGCCCCUCCUCUGCUAACUUCACUGUUGCUGCAGUGACCAAGCUGCACCAGGAGCCGUGGCUCGGCAAGCUGGAGCUGGAGGAUGCAGGUCGCUGGGUAGAUGAAAUACUGCUGCUGGCCAUUGGAGGGGUCUGCUACCAGACUUUCUACCAGAGAGUCUUAUCCACAGCCACUGAUGCCCAAGCUAAGAUCACCUGCUUUGCUGCAGCUGUGAUAUGUCCACUCCUUGCCAUCCCAUCACUGAUAGUUGGGGCAGUAGCAGCAUCUACAGAUUGGAACCAGACCACCUACGGGACUCCCAGCCCGUACGAGCAGGGCAAAGCUGGUAUGAUCCUGCCGAUCGCCCUCCAGCAUCUUUGCCCCGUCUACAUCUCACUGGUCGCCAUAGGAGCACUCGCUGCGUCCGUGAUGUCCUCGGUCGACUCUGCACUUCUGUCUGUUGCUUCCCAAGUGGGACGAAAUAUCUUCAAGAACAUCAUCUACAAACGGGCAUCAGAACAAAACAUCCUUGUGGUGAUUAAGGUGUCAGUCCUCCUGUGUGGAAUAAUGGGAGCAGCCAUUGCCAUGAUAACGACGUCCGUUUACCUGUUCUGGAUCUUCAGCGCAGACGUCGUGUAUUCAAUGAUGACUCCCCAGGUGAUCUGCAUCUUCUUCCUAUCCCGGUGGGUGAACCAGUACGGGGCCUACUCCGGCUUCGUGGUGGCACUGGUGCUGAGAGCUCUGAUCGGGGAGCCCUUGAUCGGCCUUCCUGACGUGAUGCCCCUGCCCUGGGACAAGAUCCAGGAGGACGGUCACCGGUUCCGCUUGUUCCCCUUCCGCACUGCCAUCAUGCUCAUCAGCACCGGGACUAUUUUACUGGUGUCACGCCUGGCUGUGUGGCUGUCUGAGAGGAGGCUGCUGAAAAGAAUAAGAGGUGCUGAUACGGACACAAACACGCGUUACAUGGUACCAGUCCGGACAGAAACAGAAACAGAAACAGAGACUGUAAAAGACGACUUACUCCCCCAAGGAAGCAACGAAGAAGGGGAGAAAUGUUAGGAUUUUCUUCAUGAACACUUCGCACGGUAUGUGGGUAGUC